UGUCGGUGCUAGUGCUAGUGCUGGUGCUGGCUAGCCUUAUUUAGUUAAUACCCAGUAAUAACCUUAUAUCUAUAUAUGGCGAAAAAUAGUACGCAAAGCUAAGCUGGUUAUCAAAAAAUGGCCAGAGAGAGCGCCUCGAAGCCCUCGAACAACAUUUAUGUAUGUUUCGGUUCUAUUGCAACCCUAGCCCUGGGUAUCACUAUUCUUGUAUUCGGUUGUUCGAUCCUCAAGAGCAGCAAUCCUUGUAUCAGUUUUAUGAUGAUCGGUUCCGUCCAAUUAGCAGGCGGGGUGGUGGCUGUCCUCACCGGAGUCAAAAUGAUCCUGGGGAGCUGCGGCGGCCUAGGAGAGAAGAUUCGUGGUUCAUACUGUUUGGUAACGUUUAUAACUCUUUUACUGGCAGUAGCCACGCUUUGGUUAAGCAUUCUGAUGAUGCAAGACUCCAAAUACUCUCGCUCCCUCGAGAAGGCGCCGAACCGGGGUUACGUCGAAUACCGUUUCCAUUCAUUCUCUUCCAGGCUUCGCGGUCGGGUUAGCGAUGUGCGUCGGUGGAACGCAAUCGCAGCUUGCCUCGGAAUUGCCGAUGGUCCCUGCGUUGACUUGAAGAGCGCUUCUUUCAACUUCUCCUCAGCUCAACAACUUAAUGCAUCAAGUCUCUCCCCCAUACACGUUCUAUUCAAAACUCAUCAUAAUCGAUCCGAUGUACUGAAAUUUGAAUAAAAUCUCAAAUCGAAACAUUUGGAGUAUAUACAUAUACUCGUAUAUUUUUCAUGAACUGACAUUUCAUGAUUGCGCGCAGUCUGGAUGUUGUAUUCCUCCACAGAGUUGUAACUUCACUUUUGUGAGUCCAACGAAUUGGAAACCGACCAUCAAUCAAACAGCAGCUCUGGACGCUGACUGUGCUAGAUGGAACCAUGACCAAAACAAAUUUUGCUUGGAUUGUGAUUCUUGCAAAGCAGGAGUACUACUCGGCUUCGCCAACAAAUUUAAAAAGCCAUCUACCGCACUGGUUGUUUCCUCUACGAUAGCGGUCACUGUACUGCUUCUUUUAUUCAUUUGUGUUCUUGUGGCGGAGAUAUUAAAUGUCAUACCUUAACUAUUGAUAAUGUUUCAAUUUGGUACUUUAACUCUUAAAUGAAUCAAAAUGGUAUCUUAACUAUACAUAAAUGUUUCGAUUUGAGAAUUUAUUCAAACUUCCGAUCAAAAAAUCUUUCAUGACGAUCAAAAUUGAACGUGUAGAUUCACCAUAUAAUGAUCAUAUGGACAAAAAUAAGGUGAAGUAGACUUUACGCUUAGAAUUAUGGCCGUCACAUGUGAUUUUUUAGUCAGAAAUUUGAAAAAAAUCUCAAUUCAAAACAUGUAUGUAUAGUUAAGGUACCAUUUUGAUUCAUUUAAGAGUUAAGGUACAAGUGCAACAUUACCAUUAGUUAAGAUGUCAUUUAUGCAUUUGACUCUUUUCUGGCGUUUGACUAAAGAACACUCGUGGAGUCCAAUUGAUGAAGUUUUAUACUUUUAAUAAGAUCAAAUAAGUCAUGCUUCGGGAAUCAUAAACAUGUAGUCCUGUUUAUACACUUUGAUUAACUUUUAAUCCUAUACUAAAGUAAUUACUCCCUAUUUAUUCAUCUAACUGAUUUCCAAUUCUCCAAAACCGGCUAAAUUUGCCAUAUUGAAAGCUAUGAAAUCUCUUAUUUAUACUAGUUUUGUGCCUAGG